UUACUAGCUGUGUGCAGGUGGAUAAACUAAGCAUACAUUUAGGUUUUUUUGUGAAUACCAGGAAUUUGAGUCUGAUGUGUGCCUUCAAAUCUUUUUAAAUACCAACUUUAUUAUUUUUCCUGUAUUCAUGAUACCAAAAGGUACAUUUUCAGAAAUUUUAGGAACUCUUCAGCAUGUUAAAUGUGUCACAGUCUGAGUCCAACAUGACAACAGCAAGUCAGAACCAGGAUCUGUUGAGGAUAGUACUAAUUUCCACCCUGUCUACAGUUCCAUCAUUUGUUUUUCUCUACAUUAAUGGGACCAUUCUGUUCACGCUGAGGAGUAAACCUGUGUUUCGUGACACCUGUCGUUACAUUCUACUCUACAACCUUCUUCUGGCAGACACUGUCCAGCUGGCGCAGAGUCAAAUGCAGUUCUUACUGUCAGUGUGCAGAGUCAAACUGGCUUAUUCUCUGUGUACUGUUCUUAGCAUGCUUGCCAAUCUUACGACUGGGAUUUCUCCCCUCACACUGGUGGUAAUGCCAUUAGAGAGAUAUGUGGCUGUGUGCUACCCACUGAGGCACUCUUCCAUCAUCACCGUCAGAAACACAACUGUAGUAAUCAUUGCAAUUUGGGCCGUCAGUUCACUGAACAAUCUCACUCGUGUUCUGUUGUUUCUAAAGUUUUCAUUAGAUAAAAUAGAGAGUUGGCAAACAGAAGACGUUUGUUCUCGUAUAGCUUUGGUGCUUGGUGCUGUAACUGCAGAAUAUGACAGGGCCUAUAUAUGUGUUGUGUUUGUAUCAGCUGGUGUUGCUACAACUUUCUCCUAUGUUAGUGUCAUUAUAGCAGCCAGGUCAGCCUCCACAGAUAAAGCUUUAGCUCAUAAGGCCCGUAACACCCUGCUGCUGCACCUGGUUCAACUUGGCCUGAGUCUUUCCUCAACUAUUUACAACCCACUCAUUAUAGCUCUUUCAAAAAUUCUAACAACAGUGGCAUUUUUAUGGGUUCAGAAUGUUUUUUAUGUUUGUUUUAUUAUCUUCCCCAGAUGUUUGAGUUCUCUGAUCUACAGGCUAAGAGAUCAGACCAUCAGACCUGUUCUUUUGUAUUAUCUGUGUUGUCAACUGAAAGUUAAAAUCAGUGGCUAG